AUGACAGAACCUAAAAAGGAUUUUGUGAAAUUAACCACUGACGUCCUUGUACUUCAAGAAAUCGUUGAUCUCGUAAAAGAUAAUGGAGCUGGGGCGAUUACAACUUUUAAUAAAACAGUAAUCAAAUUAGACUACGAGUCAUACAUUCCAAUGGCUGAAAAAGUCUUGUUAACUUCAAUUUCUGAAACAAGAUCUAAAUGGGAUUUAAUAAAAGUUGCUGUUUAUCAUCGCUUAGGAACUGUUCCAGUAGGAGAAAAUAGUGUUAUAAUUGCAAUAUCAAGUGUACAUAGAGAAGAAUCCCUCAAGGCAGUUGAAUGGUUAAUUAAUCAAUUAAAAGAAAAGGCACCAAUUUGGAAAAAAGAAAUUUAUAGUGACGGAAGUGUAUGGAAAGAAAAUAAACAUUAA